UAAAACAGCGAACACGACUAUCGUCGUUUCUAGAGGGCGCGUUCAUUGAAACUGUCUCCGAAAGCAAAAUGGCAGCGCCCAUGGAGGGAAUAGAUGUUGAGAAAUCGGAUGAUCUAUAUGCGAUACUCAACGCAAGAAAAGAUGCCUCUGAAGAUGAACUCAAGUCCUCGUACAGGCGUCUGUGUAUGCUUUACCAUCCUGACAAACAUGUUGAAACUGCUGACAAAGAAGCAGCAGAAAUGGUAUUCAAUAAAGUGCAGAGAGCAUAUGCAAUCUUACAUGAUCCACAGAAAAGAGCAAUCUAUGACAUCUAUGGCGAGAAGGGUCUUGAAGCAGAAUGGGAUGUCGUUCCAAGAACAAGAACGCCGCAGGAAAUUAUGGAAGAGUUUGAACGAUUACAGCGUCAAAGGGAGGAAAGACGUUUACAGCAAAGUACAAAUCCCAGGGGUAUAAUAAGUGUAGGGGUUGAUGCAACUGAUGUAUUCGAUUAUUACCAGGAUCCUACUGAAGAAGUAAGGUCAUUCCCAAAUAUUGAGAUCAACAGUAUGGCAAUCAACCAAUCCAUAGAUUGUCCACUGACUACUUCUGAUACUGUAACUCUCACAGGAAGCCUAUCUACACGUAAUGGAAAUGGAUCAGGAGAGAUAUCAACAUCAUUCCGUAGACUUACAUCAUAUCAAUCUUGGGGGGAAAUUCAGAUAACUGGAGGUAAUGGUCCCCAAAUUGGUCUAAAAGGCUUCAGAAAUUUUAGUCGCAGAAGUUUUGGAACAAUGUCUGGAAUUUGUCAACUAACACCUCAUGGAUUUUUGGCUCCAGCUUUAAUCACAGUCGUAGCUCGGCAAUUGGAUAAGCAUACCAUUGGAUAUUUGACCUGGAAAUGGGGCAUGCAAUCUGCCAUGACUUCCAUGUUGAUACGAGAUACAACAAACACACGACUUGUCUGCCAGCUUCAGCUUGGUAUACCAAACUCUUUUGCAAGUGUAAACAUGGUCAAGAAAUUUGAACAUAAUGAUGCAAAGUUAAAUGUUGCUGUCAAGGCUGGUUCUUUUGGUGCUAUGCUCGAAUAUGGUGUAGAAAAAAAGAUAUCACAGCACAGCCGACUAGGAGCAAAAGUCACCAUAGGUGUACCAGUUGGUGUUACAUUAAAAAUAAGAUUAAGUCGAGCAAAUCAAACAUUUGUUUUUCCGAUCCAUUUAUCUCAAGAGAUGGCGCCAAAUGCAAUCUUCUAUGGGACUGUUGUACCAAUUGCUGUCUAUUGGCUUGUCAAAGUUAUUAUUGUUAAUCCAUUUAUGAUUAAAAUGAAAGAAGAGAAUAUACAAAAAAAGCGGGAGGCAAAUGCGAGCAGUUUUGAACAAAAGAAACAAGAAGCAGAAACUGAGGUUCGAUUGAUGACUGAAAUUGUAAAGAGAAUUAUUGAAACUGAGCAAACAGUUGGAGGGCUGAUUAUCAUCCAAGCUUGGUACGGAAAGCUUGUGGAUAAUUCAAUGACUGCCGGAGGCGAGCGUAAUGGUGUCGGCGGCAAUGUCAUUGAUGUUACGAUUCCUUUGCAGAGCCAAGUCAAAGAUUCGAGGCUCUUACUCACUGAUGCUUCAAAGGCAAAUUUACCAGGGUUCUACGAUCCUUGCGUGGGAGAGGAGAGCUGUCUACGCGUGUUGUAUCGUUUUCAUAACACCCUUCACGAGUGUACUGUAGCUGACAACGAAUCACUCAGGAUACCUAAACAAUCUCAUCGUUUGGACCCCAGCUGAGAAGAGAGAACAUAAAGGCAGAGUUGAUGAAGAAAUUUGAUUUAAAAGAAUGCACAACAUAUAAUGCAAAUAUUACAUGGGUUAUUAAUCAAUGAAUAAUUGUUGAAUUGUUUUCUCAAAGUUUUUGGAAAAAGCAGUUCAUAAUUUUAUCGCAGUAGAUCCAAUGUUUCAAUUUUUUUGUUCUUUAACAACAAGGCAAUGCCUAACUUGACUUUCAAUUGCGAAUAGAGGACACUUUUACAUGAGUAUAAUUGCAUCAUUGAUGACUGACUACUAUUUUGAUAGUAGAAUGUAAGACAUUUUAAGAUAUAAAAAGUGUGUAGAAUAAAAUUCAUUUAUGAACCA